CCCGCUCCAGGGAAAGUUGCAGCUUUUUCCGCCUGCCGGAGAGUGAGAAGGGCCGGCCGCAGAGUGGGCUUGAGAUCUUCUCGGAGCCGGAGACCCCUCCCUGACUCUGGUCCUGGGACGUCUAGUCUUCUCGCGGCACCUGUUGCUGGUGACAGGCAACUCUGGUGCUCUCCCUGUCUGGUUGCUUUGAAGAAAGAAGAGUGAACAACAACAACAACAAACAGAAUAAGUCAUGUCAGAGAUACUAGACCUGUCUUUUCUGUCUGAGAUGGAAAGGGAUUUGAUCCUCAGUGUUCUACAGCGAGAUGAGGAGCUCCGAAAAGCAGAUGAGAAAAGGAUUAGGCGACUGAAGAAUGAGUUACUGGAGAUAAAAAGGAAGGGGGCCAAGAGAGGCAGCCAACACUACAGUGAUAGGACCUGCGCUCGGUGCCAGGAGAGCCUGGGCCGUUUGACUCCCAAGACCAACACUUGUCGGGGUUGUAAUCACCUGGUGUGUCGGGACUGCCGCAUCCAGGAAAGCAAUGGUACCUGGAGGUGCAAGGUGUGCACCAAGGAAAUCGAGCUGAAGAAAGCAACUGGAGACUGGUUUUAUGACCAGAAAGUGAAUCGUUUUGCUUACCGCACAGGCAGUGAGAUAAUCAGGAUGUCCCUGCGUCGCAAACCUACAGUGAAUAAAAGAGAGACAGUGGAGCAGUCUGUCCAUCAGACACAAAUGAGUGAUGUCUGGCCAGGAAGAAAGAUCAUUCAGGAGCAACAGAAGGAGCCCAGUGUGCCGCUUGAAGUGCCAAAGGCGAAAAGUGGGAAGAGUGCACUGGAGGCUGAGAGUGAGAGCCUGGAUAGCUACACAGCUGACUCGGAUAGCACCUCCAGGACCGACUCUCUGGAUAAAUCUGGCCUCUUUCCAGAAUGGAAGAAGAUGUCUUCCCCCAGAUCUCAAGUAGAAAAGGAAACUCAGCCUGGGGGUCAAAAUGUGCUAUCUGUUGAUGAGAGUGAAAUGAUAUUCAAGAAGAACACCAGAAAAAUCCUCAGGCCUUCAGAAUACACUAAAUCUGUGAUAGAUCUUCGCCCAGAAGAUGUGGGGAAUGAAAGUGGCUCCUUAGGAGACAGAAGCAAAUCUGUCCCAGGCCUUAGUAUGGAUUUGGAAGAGGAAGAAGAAGAAGAGGAAGACAUCGACCACCUGGUGAAGUUGCAUCGCCAGAAACUAGCCCGGAGCAGCAUGCAAAGUGGCUCCUCCAUGAGUACGAUCGGCAGCAUGAUGAGCAUCUAUAGUGAAGCUGGUGAUUUCGGGAACGUCUUUGUGACUGGCAAGAUUGCCUUUUCCCUGAAGUAUGAGCAACACACACAGACUCUGGUCAUCCACGUGAAGGAGUGCCACCAGCUGGCCUUUGCUGAUGAAGCCAAGAAGCGCUCUAACCCAUAUGUGAAGACUUACCUUCUGCCUGACAAGUCCCGCCAAGGCAAAAGGAAAACCAGCAUCAAGCGGGACACCGUCAAUCCACUCUAUGAUGAACUCCUCCGGUAUGAGAUCCCAGAGUCUCUCCUGGCCCAGAGGACUUUGCAGUUCUCGGUUUGGCAUCACGGUCGUUUUGGCAGAAACACUUUCCUUGGAGAGGCAGAGGUCCAGAUGGAUUCCUGGAAGCUCGAUAAGAGACUGGAUCAUUGCCUCCCUUUACACGGAAAGGUCAGUGCUGAGUCCCUGACUGGCUUGCCAUCACACAAAGGCGAGUUGGUGGUUUCAUUGAAAUACAUCCCAGCCUCCAAACUCCCUGUUGGAGGUGACCGGAAAAAGAGUAAAGGUGGGGAAGGGGGAGAGCUCCAGGUGUGGAUCAAAGAAGCCAAGAACCUGACGGCUGCCAAAUCAGGAGGGACUUCAGACAGCUUUGUCAAGGGAUACCUCCUGCCCAUGAGGACCAAGGCCAGUAAGCGUAAAACUCCCGUGGUGAAGAAGACCCUGAAUCCCCACUACAACCAUACAUUUGUCUACAAUGGUGUGAGGCUGGAAGAUCUACAACACAUGUGCCUGGAACUGACUGUGUGGGACCGGGAAGCCCUGGCCAGCAAUGACUUCCUGGGAGGGGUCAGACUGGGUGUUGGCACUGUCUGCAUUCUCAUGGCCUUAACUACCACUUGUAUAUUGACAACUCACACAAUUAACGCACAGUGCCCGGAGUUAUAUUUGUACACAGGGAUCAGUAAUGGGGAAGUGGUGGACUGGAUGGACUCGACUGGGGAAGAAGUGAGCCUGUGGCAGAAGAUGCGCCAGUACCCAGGGUCGUGGGCGGAAGGGACUCUGCAGCUCCGUUCCUCGAUGGCCAAGCAGAAGCUGUGUUUAUGAGUCCUUGCCCUCCUCUGCAGGUGCAGCCCUGGCCAGGGCAAGUCAGAGGAAGUGAAGAAACCAAGAGUGAAAAGUUAUAAUUUAAUGUGUGUGUGUGUGUCGUGUGUGUGUGUGUGUGUGUAUAGAAACGUGUUUUUGCGAAUCUCACUGUGCUAGCUAGAGUGAUGUAGAUGUGCUCCUCUUUUUAAAGCAGGCACAAGAGUAAGGGUCUCUUUGAAAAGUUUUUAUUUGUGCAUAAUCUAGUAUGUUUUCAAGAGUCCAUUCUUGCUUAUAUCUUUAUGAGGUUUAAUUAACUUAAAAAAUCUUUUUAAACAACCUUUUUAAUCUUCUGUCUAGCUGUCCUUGUCCCUACAUGCCCUGGGAGUCCUGGCUAUCUUUGGGCAUUAGUAUCAUUCUGUAGGUUAAGCUGUGCCUGAUCUGAGGCCAAGGCUCUAGAAAGCAGAGUGGGGUUACUAAAGACAGGGGAGUGUGGAAGACAGGGGAGUAGGUCUUCUUCUUCCUCUCCAAGAUAUGCUUUUAACUCAUUUAUACCCUGACAAAUUUCUCAAUGUCCACUUUUAACUUUUCCCCUGUUUCUAAGCAGUGUCUGCCUUGUUUGCAUCUAAUGGUUUUCUUUGAAAUACUAAGAAAAUUCCCCAGCUCUUUCCAGUUCUAUCCCCUUUUCCUAGACCUGGGGUGGGGGGAACCCUUAGAAUGGAGCUGCUUUAGAAAACCACUUUAAUGAGUCGAUGGCCUUUUGACUGAGUCAUGAACAUGCCCAGUGAGAGCUUCUAGAUGAUCCCAGAGGACUCCAGUGACCUGAGAGUGUCACAGCCCAUACCAAAUUCUUAGCACUUUUUAACACUGAUGCAGCAGCAGUUGUUGGAGACAUCUUCUCUCUCAUGUAACACAGCCUUCUUCAUGUUUGUGUCUGGGUGUUUGACUCACAAAACAUGGUCUACCUACCACUGUGUCUGCCUGAAGAGUCAAAUACUGUCUAAACGUUCUCCAGGCUGGGGACUGUUGGUGCUCCAAGAGAAUGUAGACAGAGAAUUCUCUCCUUUCUGCAGACUUCUUACCUGAAGUGGUUUCCCUUCUCAAUGUUGCUGUUUCCUAAACUUGACCGCCAUGUAUGGGUGUGUUGAGGCUUUUCCAAGAAGGGUCUGGUGAGCUGUUUCAUUUUUUGGUCUUCACUGUCCCAACCUGACCUUUUGGUUCUUAGGAGUGUAUCUGCAGUAAGUUGUGUGUGGGAGGAGUCUGUACCAGAAAAGAAUCCCUUUCCAUUCAGUCUACAGCUAGCUGACUCUCUGAAAAGGCUACAGGAGUGAGGGUGGCUCCAGGGGUUUCUGUUGUAUGUGGGAACUGAAUGAAGGAAUGAUUUGUUUGGUGUGGGGUGAUAUUGUAAUGGAAGGCAUAACUUGGGAUCCUGGGCUGUAACUUGCUCCUUUGUUUCCCACCCCCUGACAUGUAUGUGUGCUUCAAUAAAGCUUUCUCACUUAUCAAAUGUUUGCAUUUGGUAGUUCUAUAGAUGCUUUUGUCUCUGAUGUCCUGACUUACUGCUGUUGGUUUUUCACAUGGCUUGAAGGGUAAGCACCAGAGUGAAAAAUGCCCUUUCCCUAACCCUCCUGUGCUACUUUGAAGAAAAUUGACCUUUCCCCAGAUUGCUGCCUCAUAUUUCCACUGAGCUCUGAUCCCCUUACCCUUUGUGUUUGGUAUCUAAGGAGAGCAACGAGAACCCAUCUGAAAAGUGGCAUUGCUUUGCUCUCCUUCAGGGGAGAGAGUCCUACAGGGAACUCUUCCUGUAGCUUCAUAGACACCCCUGUGCUGGAGGAAGGGGAGGGAGGUUCACGCAGGAAGUGAGGGAAGAUAUUCCAUGCUGUAAGUGAUUCUUUUUGGAUCCUUCAGUGUUUUUUGCAGGUGAUGACUUUUUCCUUCACACCUACUUCCAUUAUUUAGUUUUGAGAGAGAAGUAACACAGAUGCAGAGUAACCCAUACCAGAAAUAAAGCCCUGGUUUGUAGGUAGAACCCAAGCAAUUCUUGGCCUCUUAUGCAAAAGGGUAUUACUACAUAUUGAAUGCCUUGUGUGUACAAGGCUGUAUGUAGAUCUUCUUUAAUUUCUCCAAGCACGUUGUGAAAUAGGAAAUCUUCACUGUCACGUAACAGAGUCGGGAUUUGAAUCAAGGUCAGACCCUAUCAUGCCAUGCCACCUCCUGUGAGAAUGACAUGUGUGUUAAGUGUGAAAAAUCAAAGGAAGGGAUGACUCAUCUCUUCCAAAAUAUCUUAAGGAAAUAAGUUUAAUUUACAAAGCACAACAAUCAGAAUGCUUUGGACAUUACAUAGCCAGCUUAGUAACUUUAUAUCUUGGGUGUUUGUGUUCGAGGUAGCAGGGGCAGGGGCGGGCCGUGGAGGAGAGAGAGAGAGGGAAAAGGAGGGAAGGGAGGAGAGAAAAGAAUAGAGUGAGGACUGGGUGGGGGAGAAGUGAGAACAGAGAAAGGGGAGCGGGAGUAAAGGGUUGAGAGCAGGCUAGCCCGUUUGGGUUUGGCUGUGGCCCUGAUUCUGCUACUGUCUCUUUCCCCUACUUAAUGGAGUUGGGGUCUCUUCAGUCAUAGUCUACAAGACUACAAAAGAAGUUAGAGUGAAACUUCACCUGAAGAAAGUAACACUGACUUGCCUU